CCAAUGAAAGUUGACCACCUCGCUGGGCGAUUUUUGUGCUGCGUUUUAAUUGUGAAAUAUAGGUGUUAAUUGGAGAAAUACGCAGUAAAUUUGUGCUAAAAGGGACAAUCAAGUGUGCUUAAAUGAGUGUAUCGUUAAAAGUAGAGCAAUACUUGUCUCCCAGUAGAUUAAUUUGAUGCUCUAAAGAUGAGGACCAUCUGGAUUGCUCAAGCUAUUUUGCUGCUAAAUAUCAGCUUGCUGGCGCGAACCGUGGACCCCCAGGGACCCGAUGGAGGCGCCACAAGUUCCGCCAAUCCGCCCGACUCCAAUCUUCGCAAGCACAGCGCCGGAGAUUCCGACAAUGCCGAAGAGAGCGAUGAGCCCCCUUCUGGCCAGGACACCCUCCACAUCUACAGUCCCAUAAAACUGGUGAAGGCGCCGGAUUUAUCUCAGGAAAAGGACCCGCAGAAGGUCAGCGAGAUGCUGUCGGACAUUCUGGAGAAGCACACGAGGUGGAUUGAGAGGCUGGAAGAGGAGAUCAAGGAGAUCGACAGCGAGAACAAGGAAGCAGACAACGAGCCGCCGCGGGAACUCACUCCCGAGGAGAUUCAUGCUCAGGAGAAGUACGAAAGUGCCAUGAGGGCUCUCAACAGGACCAAUCCCUACAGAGAUGUCGCCUUCAAUGAGAUGCAGGCCGCCGCCGAGGCGGGUCAUACGAAAGCCCGCGCUCACUACACCUGGUUUCGCCUACUGGGCAAUCCGCAAUUGAACAUAGACGUCAAGUUGGCGUACGACACCUUCACGGAGCUCGCAGCCGAUGGUCUUCCGGAGGCGCACAUGGGUUUGGGCUUCAUGUACGCGACGGGAAUAGGUGUGAACGUGAGUCAAGCCCGGGCUCUCGUGCACUACACGAUGGCCGCACUCGGGGACAACACAUGGGCCCAAAUGGCACUGGGAUAUCGCUACUGGGCGGGAAUUUCGGUGGCCAGCAGCUGCGAGAAGGCACUGGAUUUCUACAGAAAGGUAGCCACGAAGGUGGCCUCCGAGGUGACAUUCUCAGGCGGAGCAGCAACGCAUCGCAUCCGUUUGCUGGAUGAGGUGGAGAACUCGGGCAUGAGCUCUGGCAUCCUGGACAAUGACCUCAUUGAGUACUACCAAUUGCUGGCGGACAAGGGGGACGUGCAGGCGCAGGUGGGACUGGGCCAGCUGCACUAUCAGGGCGGCAGAGGAAUUCCUCUGGACCACAACAAGGCCUUGGAUUACUUCUCUCAGGGCGCCUUGGCGGGUAAUGCGAUCGCGAUGGCGUAUUUGGGGAAAAUCUACCUCGAGGGCAGCGACAACAUCAAGGCGGACAACGGGACGGCGCUGAAGUAUUUCAAGAAGGCGGCGGAGCUGGGAAAUCCCGUGGGACAGAGUGGGCUCGGGAUCAUGUACCUCCAGGGAAAGGGUGUGCCGAAGGACACCGCCAAGGCGCUCAGCUACUUCACCCAGGCAGCCGACCAGGGAUGGGUGGAUGGACACUUGCAGCUGGGGAACAUGUACUUUAGCGGAAUCGGCGUGAAGCGCGACUUUAAGAUGGCCUACAAGUACUUCAACCUGGCCUCGCAAUCGGGCCACGUGCUGGCGUACUACAAUCUCGGUCAGAUGCACGCCAUCGGUCUGGGCAUGAUUAGAUCCUGUCCCACAGCCGUCGAGCUGUUCAAGAAUGUGGCAGAGCGAGGGAAGUGGGGCGAGAAUCUAAUGCUGGCGCAUCAGGAUUACAAAGCUCGCAAGCCCAUGGCGGCGUUCAUGCAGUACGCCCUCAUGGCUGAGCUGGGCUACGAAGUGGCGCAGAGCAAUGCGGCCUUCCUCCUGGACAAAGGUUUGCCAGACUUUUUCAUCGAAUAUGGCAUCUUCAAGGAAAACGCCGAGCAACUGGUGAGAGCUCUGCAAUAUUGGGGCAGAGCCGCGGCUCAAGGCUACUCCGCCGCUCAGGUGAAACUCGGCGACUAUCACUACUACGGCCUGGGCACCGGUGUGGACUACGAGACGGCAGCUGCUUACUACCGAAUGGCAUCGGAUCAGCAACACAACGCCCAGGCGAUGUUCAAUCUCGGCUACAUGCACGAGCAGGGCCUGGGCAUGAAGAGGGACUGGCACCUGGCGAAGAGAUGCUACGACUUGGCAGCCGAAACCAGCAAUGACGCCAAAGUGCCCGUGGCUUUGGCUCUGCUGAAGUUGCAGCUCCUGUUCAAAUGGGAAUCGCUGAGGAAUAGUCCCUUAGGCAUCAUUUUCCAACUGGAUGAGAAUAUAGCGUCCAAUUGGGACUUGUAUCUCAUCACAAUCCUCACACUUAUUCUUGGCUUCACCAUUUGGCUCAUGAGACCGCCACAUCUGCAGCCCGCCGAGCCGCGACCACAGCCACCACCGGCACAGCCGGCACCACCGCAGCCGGAGGACAAUGCCAGGAGACCGCCGCCUGAGGAGGAGGUUCAAUAGACUUGCGCGCAGUGACGCCAUCACUCCGGGUGUGAAGAGAUAUCAGGAGCGUUGAAGGGAUUUUUACAAGGAGGGCCGAUUUACUAUUUUCCAAAACCUCACAAAGAGAUAGAUUUAAUACCGUAAAUGUUUACUCGAGGAAAUUUGCUGUAAAUACCAAUUAUUGAGGAUUUUGAAUGUCGUUCUUGUAGGCGAAAUGGGAUUAUUUUUUCUUUUUACCAAUUCUGCUAUAGAAACUGUCGAGGGCAGAUUGUGGGAGUGAGAAGAUCUUCCUUUUUGAAUAGCACGGCAC